GUCGACAAGUCGUCGGGGCGGCACGGUGGACCUGUCCCGGAGAUCGUCAAUUUUCUGCCUUUUGAGCCUUCAACAUAUCAACAUAAUAUGUAGCAAGAGUCAUAUAAUUUCAAGACAAUGACAAUUAUAGUUUUCCUCAUUGAUACAUCUGCAUCAAUGAAUCAGCAAGCCUUCUCUGGUGGUCACCCAACCCUGCUGGAUGUAGCAAAGGGAGCUGUGGAGACCUUUGUCAAGAUCAGACAGAGAUCACCAGAAAGCAAGGGUGACAGGUACAUGCUGCUGACCUUCGAAGACCACCCAUAUCAUAUAAAGGCCGGCUGGAAGGAGAAUCUGCAAACAUUCACCCAGGAGCUCAAGAACUUGCAGGCUUUCGGCAUGACUCACAUGGGCAUGGCCAUCAAGAAUACGUUCGACGUUCUGAACCUGAACCGGAUGCAGUCCGGGAUCGACAUGUACGGCCAGGGGCGCUGUCCGUUCUUCCUGGAGCCGUCCAUCAUCGUGUGCAUCACGGACGGCGGACGGCUCACCGGACAGAACGUGUCCAUCAUGGACGAGCUCAAGAUCCCGCGUGACGCGCGCAUCCCGGGUACGGAGCUGACCAAGGACGUGUACCGCUGGGACCAGCGGCUGUUCAGUCUGGUGCUGCGCCUGAGCGGCACGCCGCCGCACGAGCGCGACGGCACCGGCCUGGUGGACAGCGACACCAGCGGCAUCGGCAAGCUGUGCGACGCUACCGGAGGCCGGUCGUACGCCAUCACCUCGCACCGGAUGCUGAUGCAGUGUGUGGAGUCGCUGGUGCAAAAGAUCCAGAGCGGGGUGGUGAUCAACUUCGAGAAGAUGGGACCGGACCCGCCGCCGGUGGCCGCCGAUCCCGGAGGCGCCGACACAGACAGCGAGGGCGGCAAGGAGAACGUCAUCAACUUCAGCAACGACCAGGCGUCGUCGCGGCCGGCCUCGCCGCUGCCGCUGUCCAGCCAGUCGUGGCACAGCUGCCGCAAGCUCAUCUACGUGCCGCGCUCGGCGCAGAAGGGCUUCCCGCUGGGCCACUGGCCCAUCCCCGAGGCGUUCUGGCCCGAAGUCAGCUCGCCCACACUGCCGUCCCGCUCGGCCCACCCGGUCGUCAAGUUCACCUGCACCAGCCGCGAGCCCAUGGUCAUCGAGAACCUGCCGUUCGACAAGUACGAGCUGGAGCCGAGCCCGCUGACGCAGUUCAUCCUGUCGCGGAAGCAGCCAGCCACCUGCUGGCAGGUCAGCACGCCGCCGCCGCCGCCACCGGGCGACUCGGGCCUGCCGUUUGGUUACCUGAAGGCGAGUACCACACUGACUUGUGUGAACCUGUUCGUCAUGCCGUACAACUACCCGGUGCUGCUGCCGCUGCUGGACGAGCUGUUCAAGGUGCACCGGCUGAAGCCCACCAAGGAGUGGAAGGCCCGCUUCGACAACUACCUGCGCACCAUGCCGGCCUAUUAUGCUCAGCCGCUGCGGCAGGCGCUGAAGCGCAUGGGCGCGCCCAACCUGGUACCUACAACCUGGACAACGGCCUCCUCCGUCAACGUCAUCAACCACCUGAAGCGGCUCAAGAACCAGGCCAAGAUGGAGUACGACCGGCUGUGCAGCGAGGUGUCGGCGCCUGCCGGCUCCGACCAGGUCGGCAUCAAGGUCACUAGCCGCAAUUCCACCCGACGAGAAGCCACCAGCAACCCGGCGCUCAGCGACAAGUUCGCGAGCCUGCUGGAGCCGAUGCAGUACAUGGCCGGCCUGACGCUGGCCGUACGGGACGGCGAGCUCGCCACGCAGAGCUACCGCAACCCGUUCGACAUCAGCCGGCGCCACCUGCUCGACCAGCUGGUGCGCAUGCGCGCCAACUUCAUGCAGACCAGCGUGGGCCUCGUGCGCAUGCAGGACCAGGACCAGGUGCACAACAUGGCCGUCAGUCAGAUGGGCAACUACCAGGACUACCUGAAGCGGCUGCCGGCGCCGCUGCGCGAGAUCGAGACGGUGCCGGUGCGCCAGCACAUGUUCGGAAAUCCCUUCAAAAUCGACAAGCGUAUGAUGGUGGACGAGGCCGACAUCGACCUGCUGGACAAGUCUGGCGGCGUGCGACCGGGCAAGCGGCCGGGCGAGCCGUCCGGACCGGGGCGUGGCAAGCAGCGGCGGCUGGGCCCGCUGGCUGCCGUUAGCUAA